GAGCUCCUCCAUUUUAAGUGAGCGGAAACCCUAGAAGGAAGAGGCUGCGUUCUGCUGCGAUACAAUGGGUGCGUACAAGUAUGUCUCGGAGCUAUGGAGGAAGAAGCAGUCCGAUGUUAUGCGGUUUCUGCAGAGGGUGAGGUGCUGGGAGUACCGCCAGCACCCGUCGAUCGUUCGGGUCAACCACCCUACCCGUCCCGACAAGGCUAGACGCCUGGGAUACAAGGCCAAGCAGGGGUAUGUUGUUUACCGUGUCCGUGUCAGACGUGGAGGCAGGAAGAGGCCUGUCCCCAAGGGUAUUGUGUAUGGCAAGCCCACCAACCAGGGUGUUACCCAACUCAAGUUCCAGAGAAGCAAGAGGUCUGUUGCUGAAGAGCGUGCUGGAAGGAAACUUGGCGGUCUUAGGGUCCUCAACUCCUACUGGGUCAACGAGGAUUCCACCUACAAGUACUUUGAGGUGAUCCUUGUCGAUGUGGCUCACAAUGCCAUCCGCAACGACCCCAGAAUCAACUGGCUCUGCAACCCUGUCCACAAGCACAGGGAGCUGCGCGGUCUCACCUCUGCUGGAAAGAAGUACAGAGGACUCCGUGGAAAGGGACACUUGUACCACAAGAACAAGCCGUCUCGCAGGGCUACUUGGAAGAGGAACAACACCCUGUCCCUCCGCCGAUACCGUUGAGCUUAGUUGGAAUUUCUCGUCUUCUUUGUGUUUCUGGCUUGUCAGAUUUUGUAUGGGGAACAUAUUGCUUGUCUUCAUUACUGAAAAUUUUGGAUCUGGGAUAUCGUUAGUAUGUUACAUUUGGACACACCCGUGAAUGAAUAUUUCUGUUGAAAUCAAGCAUUUCUCUCCUCUGUAUCUGUGGGUGAUUUUUGCUUAUUGUUAUUGCUGUACUCAUUUGCUUAUCUGAUUUUGAAGGUAAUGUUCAUCAGUGUUUUAGUUUCCGAAUCAUAAGAUUGUGGUUUUGACAGCUGUCGUUACCGACCCAUUCUUAAGCAUAUGGUCAAUAACUGAUUUAGAACAUA